GCACGGUGUUCCCAUUAGUGAUCCUAUGUAGAUGCGUUACGGAGUGCCUUUAGCUAGGGUGUGUCUAGUAAAACUAAUGGGGUGAGCUUCAAUAUAGAAGACUCCCACAAACAUUUAUUUUAGAGAUCGGUUCGCCGUUACAGCACCAUUUAGAUAAACCGGUGUAAUCAUCUCAAAAGAAGCAGGAGGAACGGUACAACAUUGGUGCAAAACAAAACUAUUCAAUCCAGGGCUUUCAGAAGACGCUACUCAGAAGCAACGAAGCCAAGGAAAAGAAUUUGGUGACUUUCAAGCAUCAACAGACUACGUAAAUAUACGAAAACAUAAGGACCGCGCUAGCCUAUAUGCGUUCAACCGACUUCGAAAACUUCAAUUACUAUCUGUCCUCCGUCAAUCCAAUCUUCAAAGGUCGUGGAGAGGAAAGCGCGGUCGAGUUUGAAACUGGUUUAGCUUUCCUGCCGUGUCUGCGAUUUCUUUGUUCAUUUUGAUUAACAUUUCGUCUUAUACGAAUUUCUGCUUAUUGUAAACAGUGAGAAACACUUCACUUAGACUGUUUACAGCGGAGACAUGUCACUGAUACUUGAACUCCGGUUCAGGACUGUUUAUUCAUGUUUCCUGUCGUGUGGGAUUAGCACCUUGCUGUUGGUGCUUAUGGUGUUUUCACAACACAUAGGCCUUUGUGCUCCUUGGUUUUGGAUAUCAGAUACGUUUCUUGACCUUUUUAUCACGUCGAAAAUCUUCUUGUUAGUAUUCAAUGUUAUAAUUAUUGGUUUGACAACACUCAUGUUUCGGGCUAGACUGUCAGUAACGGAUCGUGUUUUCCGUAAUAUAUAUCAGAUAUGUGGGGUUUUCUUCAACUGGCGUGAUUUUAAAAUCCUUUUUUCUAGCAUGAUGCUGGGUGCAAUAAAUAGUCUGGUUGUAGCAAAAAUCUUAGCAACUGGAAAGUAUGGGUCAUUUUUCGAAUACAAUCAUUUUCCUUCCGUGAACCAAAGAGCGCUUAUACUAACAACUUGUGGAGCAUUUAUGGGUUUGCUGUUUUGUAUUACAGUGCUCGUCAUGAAUAAACUGACGCUUAACUACUCAUGUCCAAUUGGCAACAUAUUCGUGAUAACGAAGGAGCAUAUGUUUACUCGUCUACUCACAACUGUCGGGAGAGUAUUAUAUUUUUUGCCACUCUACUCAGUAUGCUCAAAUCUGUUUUGGUAUCCCCAAUGGCUCUCCUUUAUUUGGCUUAUUUUGGAUAUUCGACUAAUUCUUUUGAUUCUGAUCACAACCUUUCACCUCCAGUUUUCAUGGAGUUGUGCAAUCGAUGUCCUAAAGUCACAGUUUCAGAAACCUAUCGAAUUCCCUUUGUCCUCUGUCCUUGACCCUUCCAGUUCAGUUCAAGGCGUUCUAGGUGGUUGCGCUAAUCCUUUAGAACAACAUUUAACUUUGGAAAGAUUGGCUGAUUUGGUGGCUACUAAUCAAAAUGUGAGGUCUUCCAUAUUUUCGCUCAGUCACUUGGGUGGUAGGCCUGUAUUGUGGAGGCAAAUAAGUAAUUUAUGUUUCCAGUUAAUUGAGCAGUUUGUGUCAAAUGCUCGUGAAUCAAAUACUCGUGGAACAAACUUGCUAAAUACACCUCUUUGGCCUAAAAAUAUUGAUUUUAAAUAUAAACAGUAUCUACCCUCAUCAUUUGAAUCAAAUCUGCGUCAACGCAACAGUGCUAAACUAUUGUCUGCUACUAAUGAAAAUGUGUCUGAUAUGCAGCCUUCCGGGUCCAUAAUUGCUCGAAAUUUAAUAAAUGCUGGUCGAACUUUGCUUUCUAAGGUAUACACGCGGUUGUCUCGAACACAACUGUUCAGUAUUCUAUCUUCAGAAAUACCCUAUGCUUCGUCAGCACACCUUUUCUCAACUGCUACAGAUAUUGGCUGCGCAAACGACCUGGACUUCGAUAAACCGUUAGUACGAACGAGUGGUCAAGUUAUUAUCUGGGCAACAGAAAUCUUAGCUUGUUUGACACUGGCCGCUUACAAUGAAGACCAAUUUGGUUCGGUUCAACAGACUCUUGGGCGGAUCUUACUACUUUUUGCUGAUGGAUUAGAAGCAGUUGAAAAGCACUUGAGGUUCAUCGGUUUGCUCUCCACUCAGUACAAACAAGCAGUAAACUGUCCAGUUUCUGAUAGCUUCUACACGAGUACAAUAUUAUCCGCUGGACAUCUUCAAACUCCAUUAAAAAGUUUGAAUAAACUUUCAGGCAAUUCAUUCCCCUCAAACGAUUUAUGUAAAUUAACAUAUUAUCGUUUUGCAUCCGAUGCCAGUCUUCCAUGGCGUGUUUAUGCAACGUUUUGUUGGGCUCUAACAAACUGCCUAAGUCAAUAUGAUGGUUGUUUUGCGUAAGUCCCGCUAUUUUAUUAUGUAACCACUUCCUCCUUAUGCAUAAAACUAAACAGACUACUUUGCUGGUAGAAUCAUAUAAAAUAGCAAACUUAUAUUGUUCAUUGCUAAACCUAACGUUAAUAAAGUGAUCUGUUAUUGGAAUCGGUAACUUGAAGUGGCGUUGCCCACUUUUUCCAUGUUUAUUUGGCUUUAUCAUAAAUAUUCGUUAAGAGAUAACGCUCCCAUUGUCUAACUUUUCAAAGGGUGAUCGUCUAUUGAGAUUCACUUGUUGACUUCGAAUACGCAGAGAAUGUAGCUUUUUUCGGUUAAAACUGACAAGAUUCAGAGUCUCCUGAACACUUUAAGCAACAAUGCAAUGAUAUUUAGGGUGCGACACCUUCCCUCUAAGUGCGAAAUGUUACUUUAGGGUAGGUCCACGUUAUCACCUGAAUCAAUGAUGGGGAGCAGAGUAGUCGAGUGUCGACUAAUUUACUUAUCUUGGGUGUUUCAUCAGUCUUGAUCGGCUGGUGUCUGACGAAGUCUCGGUACAAAUUAAGAAAAUCCGAUUGGAUUUUGUCAACUCCCGCCACUUGUGGCAUAGAGAUAUCUCCCUGCCAACCAAAUGAUGAGCUUACUGCAUAGCAGUUUGCCCCGUCCUACUUCAAUAAAUGAAAUGACGAUAUCUACUGAAAAUUCUAUUCACGCUCCUAUUGAAAGUCAGACAACUCACACUAUUAUUAUUUACGUCACUUAUUCACUCUCUUUUAUUCCCGAUAUGUGUACCCUUUUCAACUUAUGCAGCAGCUCGCCCAUGGUGGAAACUCUUUUCUAUCUAAACAAUCUCCAGUCAAUGUCUGGUCGAAAAUGAAUGCUUCCACUGAAUACAAAUACUGAACCAGUCUUUCUAAAACCACGUACACCGUUCAAACUGGCUUCCUUCAACGUUCGCACACU